CCCCGCGCGACUCGUAACCUCUCGCGAGAUCGGGCGCCCUUUAGAUAUAUUACCCGUCAGGCGUCGCUCUCUCUUUUUCUUCCUCUGAGCCAAGAUGCCGAAGGGGAAGAAGGCGAAGGGGAAGAAGGUGGCCCCGGCGCCGGCCGUGGUCAAGAAGCAGGAGGCCAAGAAGGUGGUCAACCCUCUCUUCGAGAAGAGGCCCAAGAACUUUGGCAUUGGGCAGGAUAUCCAACCCAAGCGGGACCUCACCCGUUUCGUGAAGUGGCCCCGUUACAUCCGCCUCCAGCGCCAGAGGGCGAUCCUCUACAAAAGGUUAAAGGUGCCUCCGGCGGUUAACCAGUUCACGCAAGCUUUGGACCGCCAGACGGCUACUCAGCUCCUGAAGUUGGCUCACAAAUACAGGCCAGAGACGAAGCAGGAGAAGAAACAGAGGCUGCUGGCCCGAGCCGAGCAGAAGGCUGCCGGGAAGGGGGACGUCCCCACCAAGAGGCCUCCUGUACUGAGAGCAGGCGUCAACUCCGUGACCACUCUGGUGGAGAACAAGAAAGCGCAGCUUGUGGUGAUUGCUCACGACGUAGACCCCGUGGAGCUGGUGGUGUUUCUUCCGGCCUUGUGCCGAAAAAUGGGAGUGCCCUAUUGCAUCAUCAAAGGCAAAGCCAGGCUGGGCCGCCUCGUCCAUCGGAAGACCUGCACCAGCAUCGCCUUCACGCAGGUUAAUCCGGAGGACAAAGGAGCGCUGGCUAAACUGGUGGAAGCUGUCAAGACCAACUACAAUGAGAGAUACGACGAGAUUCGGCGCCACUGGGGUGGUAAUGUUUUGGGGCCGAAGUCGGUGGCUCGCAUCGCUAAGCUUGAAAAGGCCAAAGCUAAAGAACUGGCCACAAAGCUGGGGUAAACGGCUCGCGAUGGACCUCUAGUUUUCCUGUAUAUAAAAAUAAAAUAUUGGAAAAAAAAA